CAGCGCUCAACCGCUGCGCCACCCGGGAGGCCCCAUCCCAUCAUUUCUUAGAGCCUCUCUGUCCUGAGAGUAGAUCCUUCCUGUUCCACAGUGUGUCCAAUUUCUGGAGGCCUUCUGGUGGGCGGGGCCACAGGUCAGCCUGCCUUGGGCGAGCCACAAGGGGCAUUUCUAUGGGAACAGAAGAGAAAGUUCAAGACUGAAGCAACACAAGGUCCAGUCGGGUGGCAGCUGCCUCUCCAGAUGGGGAGGGCAGCCGGUGGCAUUCUUGUUUGCAAUUGGACAUCAUUAUUGGUCGUUUUUUAAAUGUCCUCCUGAGGUGUGACAGGUGGAGGAAGCAGUGUUUGCCACCACCAACCAGAGCUCAGGGCCGGGCACCGAGGGAGAAGGCAGAAGAUGAUGGCAAAACCUCAGAAACCAAUUACCGAACAAAUGGCCCCCUCUCCCGCCCCCCGUCAAAUUUUGAGAGAAUCACAAUAAAUUCUUUACAUGUGGGAAGCCAAAGGGGUUGUUUUCCUGUUCUUGUCCUUUGCCUUUUAUUUCUAGAACCUGCCACUGUAGUCCCCAUAUUUUGGAUCUGCGAUUUGCUGUACUUUCUUAAUUUUGAUAUCAGUCCAUUUCAGAUUUUCACAAACUUUUUUAUAUUUAAAUCAUAUUUCUGUGCUAGGUUCUUGUUUCAGGCUGAGGGGCCUGGACAUUUAGCCAAAUUCUCCUUUACUCUUUGUGCUUUCCCUUGGGGGGGCUUCCUUUUAGUCAAUAUUUAUGUCCCCCCAGGCAUGCCCCCCGGCCCUUGCCCCACUUAGCAGACCUCUAAGGGGUUUGAGGUCUCCCAAAGAUAGUUGUUCCCUUGAACCAUGAAGUGGUCCCGUUCGGCCGCUCUCUCACCAGGCAGCAGCACUUUUCUCACACUUGGUGACGUGCCUACUGCGCCACGCUUCCUCAGGUGCAGGGCUGUUUCGUAGAAAGCGUGGCUAAAGCUGCCAUUCUUUUCAGUUUCUUCUCUCCAGAUAGAUGAACACGUCAUUCAUUCGCUCACUCGUGCAUGUACGCAGCAUGUCUUUGGGGACUCCCUGUGGACCUGGCAGUGGCCUCGGUGCGGGGGCUUCUCUGAGGAGGUCUUGCGAGGUGAGCCCAGGUCCUUCGGGGAGGAGAGAGAGCAGAAGUCCGCAGGAAGGAAACCAGGUGGCCUGGCCCGAUGAAGGGGACCUGCGGCGGGACCUGGUGCAGGAGUGUGGGCCCCAGAAAGUAGGGGGAGGCCGGCAGGAGGGGUGCUGCCCCAGAAAGGAGGGCACGGCAGGGUGAGGACCGGGCCGCCCUGACCAGCUGGGUUGGCGCAUGAUCACCAUGCCGGGAGUAAGACCUAAGACCCAGGGGGCCCACCGGGACAAGGAAACUGGUGGUGUCCAGGGUGCAGGGAGAGUAAUCUAGAAAACCCAGAGGAGCGCCGAGUCUGCAGAAACACAGCUGGGAGGAGAAGGGGGCCUCCUGGCAGAGAACCCCCCACCCCUGGGAGACAGUUUCUCCCUUUAGGAAGAAGGGUAAAGGGGUGCAAGCGUGGAAAGGCCUUAUUUAGGGAGGUGACAGCCACGUGGGGCCUUUCGGUUCAGUAGGGCAGGAGCGGGGUGUGGGCAGGGACUCGCCCUGGCCGCCUCUUCCAGGACGCUUGCCAACGUGGGGAGGACCGGAGUCUCUCAGGCAGUUAUUGCAAGUAGGUGAGGGCUGCUUUCUCCGCCCAGUGCUUUCCUAGAACCUUUUCUAGUUUGGACACAUGCAUGUAGUUCUGCUUCCUGCGAAAUCCACAGCAGUCUCAGAAACCUUGGAAGUUGUUUAUGAGCUUUUCAAAAGGCAGGUGAAUGGAGGAUGCGAGCCUCCACCGGGAGACUCUGCAGACACGCGUGCUGCCUCUCGUGCUUACAGGGCGUCCCGAUGAAGCUCAGGAUGUCGCCUGUCACGCAGACCCUCACCUCACGACCUGUGCCCGUCUCCAGGCUACUCAGACUCACUGUGUUCUUCCAAGCUGAAGAGUCGAGAAUCUACUCUGGAUUUUACUUUUGCUCUGAAAACUCUAUUGUAGUGUUCUCUUGGUUCCAGAGCACAGUCGUCUUCAAAAGACACGUUAUAUUCCUUUUCACAAAAAUUAAUAGUGUUUUUAGUAAAAAUAAUUUAAGGAAGUUUUCUGUUAACAGUGUCUUCAUGCCAUAAAAAUUUGGAGGCUUCCAAAAGGGCCAAAACAAUUGGAGUAAACAAAAACGGAAUUUAAAUGGCUAUGAAAUAUUAGGGAAGAAUAAAAGUUUCUUCUUCUUGACUGUCUUCAACUCACAGAAUGUGUCAAUUUUGUGACAAUUGGUCCUUUUGAAUAGAAAAGAGUUUCAUGGCCAAAUGAGUUCGGUAAAUGCUGGAUUAAGCAACAUUGAAGUGAGUUUUCUAUACUGACGGGUUGUGUGGCGUCUCGACAUGCUAACAUGAGGGUGGACUCACCCCAUUGGAGUAGAAGCAUGUCCUGUUUCCCUCACUCAUUUGAUCACAAAAUGUAAUUAUUUUCAUUUUUUAUUUAUUUUAUUUAUUUAUGUCAUUGCUCAUUUUUUACAGUAUUUGGUUUCUCCCCUCAGGUGUAGCCCCUCUGUACUCCAUCACCACAGCUCCACCCGUGAACCACCCCAGUAGUCCCUUAUGUUCUUCACUCCCCUGUUUUGACUCCUCUCCCUGGUCAGCCUGCAAGUUUUGUCUUUUGUUUUGUUUCUCUAUAUUCCACAUAUAUUUCUCUAUAUUCCACAUAUCCACAUCUGAUAUUUAUCUUUUUCCUUCUGACUUAUUUCACUGAGCAUAAUCCCUUCUAUCCAUGUUGCUGCAAAUGGCAUGAGUUUAUCAUUUUUGAUUGUAGAGUAGUCGUCUGUUGUGUAUAUAGGCCAAACUUUUAAUUGGGGCUUUUGGGUUGUUUCCAUAUCUUAGCUAUUAUAAGUAGUGCUGCAAUGAACAUAGGAGGGCAGGUUUCCUUUCUAACUAGUGUUUUUGUGACCACAAAACUUUUUUCUCUUGAUCAUUUUGUUCUCUAGUGACAAACCCAGGCUCUGCUCAUGGUCUCAUGACAGUAUGAGUCAUAGUUUACCUGACUAUUUUUUCUGUGCCAUGCCAUGCUAUUAAUGAGGUGAUGAUGAUGGUGCCACCGAUUCUACAAAGGAGGAAACUAAGACACUCAGAGUGUAAACAUUUGCCCAAUAUAAGUGAAGGAGCCAGAAGAGCAGUCCGCAAUAAAUGUUUGCUAAAUGAAUAAUGGAAAUCUGUUUUGCUCUUGUAUAACUAGGAUUCUAAGCCUUCCUAUUUUUAUAAGUGAUAUUUAAGGGUAGUUUCAUGUUCACAAAUACCCCUUCGUAACCCUGAAGGGAGAAAUUUUAAUGGAUCUUAAUUAAAACGAGUUUCAUAGUUCACAUUUAUUUUUUUUAGAUAACAAGAAAAAGAUAGAAAGUCAAAGAACACCCACCAUAACACUGUGGAAUGUUUCUUUCCCGGAGCUGGCUCCAUUGGAGGUGAUGUAUCACCCAUCAGUAUGUCUCCCAUCAGUCAGUCCCAGUUUAUUCCACUCGGGGAGAUCCUGUGCUUGGCCAUCUCAGCAAUGAACUCGGCGAGAAAGCCUGUCACCCAGGAGGCGCUGAUGGAGCACCUGACCACGUGUUUCCCAGGUGUUCCCACCCCCAGCCAAGAAAUUCUCCGGCACACGCUGAACACGCUGGUCCGGGAGCGGAAGAUCUACCCCACCCCGGACGGCUACUUCAUCGUGACCCCUCAGACUUACUUCAUCACGCCUUCCCUCAUAAGAACUAACAGUAAAUGGUACCACCUGGACGAGAGGGUGCCCGAGCGGUCCCAGUGCGCCUCCCCGCAACCCGGCACCAUCACGCCGUCCGCCUCAGGCUGCAUCAGGGAAAGGACUUUGCCCAGAAACCACUGCGACUCCUGCCACUGCUGCCGGGAGGACCUGCACAGCACGCACGCGUCCACCCUGCAGCGCAAGCCCAAGGACGGCAAGGACCCCUACUGCCCCCCGCCGCUGUGCCAGGUGCCCCCCACAGAGAAGAGCAAAAGUACUGUCAACUUUUCCUACAAGACAGAAACUCUCUCCAAGCCUAAAGACAGUGAAAAGCAGUCCAAAAAGUUCGGGCUCAAGUUAUUCCGGUUGAGUUUCAAGAAAGACAAGACCAAGCAGCUGGCCAACUUCUCCGCGCAGUUCCCCCCCGAGGAGUGGCCCCUGCGGGACGAGGACGCCCCCACGGCCAUCCCGCGGGACGUGGAGAUGGAGAUCAUCCGGCGCAUCAACCCGGACCUCACGGUGGAGAACGUCACGAGGCACACGGCGCUGAUGAAGAAGCUGGAGGAGGAGAAGGCGCACCGCAGCAAGGCGGGCUCGUCCGCGCACCACAGUGGCAGGAGCAAGAAGAGCAGGACGCACCGCAAGCCCCACGGGAAGUCGCGCUCGCACAGCAAGACGCGCGUGUCCAAGGGCGAGCCCUCCGACGGCUCGCACCGGGAGCUGGCCGGGGAGCGGGAGUACGACUUCUGCGACCCGCUGACCCGCGCCCCCCGCGAGGGCUGCUUCAUCAUCGAGCACAAGGGGGACAACUUCAUCAUGCACAGCAACCCCAGCGUGAUCGAGUCCCACUUCCCCAUGACGCCGGAGUGGGAUGUGUCCGGGGAGCUGGCCAAGAGGAGGACUGAGAUGCCUUUUCCGGAGCCUUCCAGGGGCAGCUCCCACUCAAAAGUGCACCGAAGCCACAGCCAUACCCAGGACCGACGGUCCAGGAAUGAGCGGUCCAACAAAGCCAAGGAGAGGUCCAGGUCCAUGGACAACUCCAAGGGCCCCCUGGGGGCGUCCUCGCUGGGGACCCCCGAAGACCUGGCCGAAGGCUGCAGCCAGGACGACCAAGCCCCCAGCCAGCCCUACAUCGACGACAGCACUUUACGGCCUGCACAGACGCUCGGGCAUCCAAGGGCUCACAUUUCGGCCACGAGCUACAAGGAGGUGUGUAUUCCGGAAAUCGUCGGUGGCGGCAAGGAACCUUCCAGCGCCUGUAGCCUUUUGGAGCCAGGCAAGCCGCCCGAGAGUUUGCCAUCUUACGGGGAACUCAGCUCCUGUCCAACAAAAGCAGCUACGGAUGACUAUUUCCAGUGCAACACCUCCAGCGAGACGGUGCUCACCGCGCCUUCGCCUCUGGGGAAGAAUAAGGAGGACCACGACACGCUGACCCUGGCGGAAGGGGUGAAAAAGCUGCCCCUGUGUGAUAGGCAGACCCCACAUUCCUCCAGGGAGCCUGCGGGGCACAAGGAGGAGUCCCCCAAAGGGCCGGGUGGGAUCCCAGCCCCUUCGGGCGCCAUGGCCGAAGGGAUGGCCAAUGGCCGCCUCGUCCAGCACCACAGCGCUGAGCCCAGCAGCCUGGACAAGAGGAAAGAGAUAUUCAGCAAAGACACACUGUUCAAACCUCUCCACAGCACCUUGUCUGUAAACAGCUAUCACAAAUCCAGCCUGUCCCUCCUCAAAGCUCACCCGAAGACGCCUGCGGACGCACUGCCAGGACGAUGCGAGAAGUUGGAACCAUCCCUGGGGACCUCGGUGGCUCAGGCCAUGCCUGCGUCCCAGCGUCAGCAGGAGUCCGGGGCCAACCAGGAAGCCUCUUUUGACUAUUACAACGUCUCUGAUGACGACGACUCCGAGGAAGGGGCAAACAAAAACACGGAGGAGGAAAAAAACAGAGAGGAUGUUGGCACCAUGCAGUGGCUCCUGGAGAGGGAAAAGGAAAGAGACUUGCAGAGGAGAUUUGAGAAAAACCUCACCCUCCUGGCCCCAAAAGAAACUGACAGCAGCAGCAACCAGAGAGCCACGCAUUCAGCGCGCCUGGACAGCAUGGACAGCAGCAGCAUCACUGUGGACAGUGGAUUCAACUCCCCACGCACUAGGGAGAGCCUGGCUUCCAACACGUCAAGCAUUGUUGAAAGUAACCGUCGUCAGAACCCUGCCUUGAGCCCGGCCCACGGAGGAGCCGGCCCGGCCUUCAACUUCCGAGCCAGCACGGACCCCCCCACCAACGAAGCUGAGAAACCACAGAAACCUUCCAGCUGCUUGCAAGCUUCUGUGACUAGUGUGUGACGUCCCGCGGCCUCGGAUCUCCUGUCUCGCGCGCUACAGCCAAGUUUACGACACUGGGACUGAUGUUUACAUCUUUGGAAAGACAAGCAUCUCGAUCACAGUUUUUGUGUUGACUUAAACUGUGCUGCUAAGUAAGCUAGGG